AUGCAGUUUGAAAGUCAACUUGUUGCAUUGCCUGCUCCCAAUCGAAAGCACUUUGUCUUGAAGCAUGUGAUCUUCCCUUGUAUUGUCAAGACCGACUUCGUCAAGUCCCUUUGUUAUGGUGAAUGUCAUGGAGUGAUGUGGCAUGGCAAUGCGAAAAACACCAAAAAGGCACUCUACGACAUGAUGGAAAAAAUGGGAGGUUUUCAAGUCCAAAUGUAUUCCCUUCAGCCAGCAGGUGGAAACAGCGCAGAGGGCAAGGUGAACUUCUACACUGGGCUCAAUGAUGAUGAUAUCGAUGCAGGCUUCGACUACAUCGAAAAACAUGGUCCCGGCACCCACCACAGCAACACACAGUUGCGUUGGAUCUCAAAGCAGUUUAUUUCAGAGGACAACCCAGUUGGCAAAUGGCCGGAACGUCUGAUCAAAGAGGCCUUGCGCAACCUCAUGAAUGAUGGUGUUUUGGCCUUACCUGUUCAUGACUUUCCUCUUACCUUGGUUGAUGUUGAGCCCGGAGUCCUCAUGAUCUUGGAGAAACUCUUCCCUUCUUUCACUGACAAAGCUCUUGGUAUGCAUGGAUUCCGUGAAACCAGUGAAUUUGAUUUCUUUAGAGGUGAGGCUGGUCGUCCAGAGCGUCCAGACAUUUUUGAUGAUGGGUCAUUGCCAGAACUGUUAAAUUUCACGAGCUUUGGGGCCGGAGCUACAUUUUUCAACAAGUGUGCGGCUACUACCCCUGAAGAUUUGGAACGCUUCUGGGGUUUGAGAACCAUAGAAACAAACAAUUUGUGGAAACCAUUUUUUUUGGCACGAAGGGAUUUGCGUUUGAAGUGCCGGGAUCCAUAG